AUGGAAUUGGUGACAUCCAAAGUAGCAAUAGUAGGUCCUCCUCAUAUGUUGGAGAAAUUAGCAGAAGAUCAUUGUUGGUCCAUUUUGAAACAAAAAGAGUUUCUUUUUGGGGAAGUUCUGGAGGAAACCCUGAGCAUGAAGAAUAAGAUUUUUGAAAUGUUUCAAGGUCUACCAUUGGCUGCAAGUGUGUUGGGAGGCCAUUUAUGUUACAAGGAUAAACAUGAGUGGCAGGAAAUUCUUGAUGGCAACCCCCUUGUUGCAGGGGAAAAAGGCAUAAAGAAGAUCUUAACACUCAACUAUGAUUAUCUACCAUCUCCAUAUCUGAAGAAAUGUUUUGGUUACUUUGCAAUGUUUCCGAAAGAUUUUGAGUUUGAGAAGGACUAA